AUGGACGCCGACGAGCAAGUCUCUGAGGAAGAAUACAAAGCUCUCCUCUCCGAACACCGUGCUUGGCAACUGGUCAGGUCGAUCUAUGAGAACAAGAUACAUCGCGCAGACCCUGGGUAUGAGCUGCCAGACUCGGCGAGGCAGAUCGUGGAGAAUCCGUAUACGAGCCCGGAAGAGCUGGUGCAGAGCAUGAUUGUGGAAGACCCAGAGCUCUCUUUAUGGGCGACUCUCGUCGAACACCUCCAAACGAGACCUCUAUUGACAGCUUCGCCAUACCUCGAAAUCCGCCACGGCUACCUCCCAUCCACCCUCCGCCAAGCCCGCACCAACCCCCAACGACCCUCCUCCCUAGACCCCGACUUUACCCUCCGCGACUCCCAAGGUGCCGCCCUCGCCGGCGAAGACCAAACAUACCAACCUCCCUUCCUCGACUUGCUAUUCAACCUCGUGCGCUACGGCGAGCUGGAGAAUGCUAUCAAAGUGUGCGAACAAUGUGGGGAGCCGUGGAGAGGCGCGAGCUUGAUGGGUGUGCGGCGCUGGGCGAUGGGGGGGAUGGUGGAAGGGUCCGAGCCGGGGGGGAUGACGGGUAAUAGGUAUCGCGCGCUGUGGAAAAAGUCGUGUCGGACGAUAGCCAAGAACCAUACCCUCCUUCCUGCUGAGCGUCAUCUCUAUGCGGCACUCAUAUCCGAUCUCCCCACGCUGCUGCCGGCGUGUGAGAACUGGGAGGACUAUCUCUGGGCGCAUGUGCAGCAUAGGAUUGAGGCGAGGUUGGAGAAGCGGUGGCAUGAGCUCGGCGGGUUUUGGGAGGGAGAGGCGGGGGUGGGGAAGGAUCAGGCGGAGGAGGUGGAGAUGGCGAGAGGAGGGUUGGAGGAGGUGUUUGAGAGUAUGCGGGGAGUUGGGAAGGCGGGGAUCGCGGAUGAGAUGACGGACCCGUAUCAUGUGGCUCAGCAGAUGAUCUUGCUUGGACGUACCGAUGCGCUCUUCCACUCUUUCGCUGAUCAGAUCAUUGACCUCGGAGAAGCCAUGGCCCCAGAACUGUUCAGCUCUCUUCUUCGAUUCUUCACCCACCUCGCUAUCGUCCUUCGGACUCUCAACCAACCGGUACCCCCGUCCGCCGCCAAUAUCAUCAUCCAGGCAUACCUCAGCGUGUUGGAAAAGGAAGGAAACGACAAGCUUGUGGCUAUGUAUGCUGCUUGCUUGAGAGAAGGUAGCGGUGAGGAGAGUUACGCGAGGUUCUUAUGGUCGAUGGACCCGUCAGCGAGCAAAGAAGCGCGCUCCGAAGCGCUCCUUCGCGCUCAGACACAUUCCCUCGACACCGCGCUCAUCGCCCGAGAAACCGUCCGCCUUUCCCUUGAAGAAGCGAUACCGACUUCUCUAUCGACUGCUUUCGUCGAGCCGGACAUCCUGCCGCUCUCAGUCGGCUUGACGGAGCGGGAUGUGGGUUUGAUCAGGUCGAUCGAGUGGUUGACAUUCAUUGGCGAGACUGGAGAAGAUGUUGUUGUUCUAGGUAAUCAGCUUGUCAGAUUCUUCCUGUCGCAAGGCCAGGCGAAUGCUGCGCAGUCACUCUUACUCUCCCUGCCAUCGCUUUCGCAGGAGAUCGCCUCGGCUGCUCAUCUGCGCACCCAUCUCCUCGAACUCGCCUCGUACAACCGCCUCUUCACACUCUUCACCUCCUACACUUCCCUCUCCGACGUCAUCCUCCGCAAACCUCUACCAACAGCUGGUAAAGUGCAAGUGCACAGUUGGCGGAAGGAUGUCGGCGAAGCGGUUGAAGAAGUAUGGAAGGGUACAGUCGGGCUCGUUGAAGACGGAUGGCUCGAGCUGCCCCACGCUGAGACUGAUGACGAAGAAGACGAGGGAGAAGGCGAAGAAGAACGUCAAAGACAGCUCAAACUCAUCCGACACAUAUUCAUCCCCGACCUCAUCCUCCGCCUACAUUCCACCCUCAUCGCCCAAUCGUCCCUCUUCCCAACGUAUCUCCAGAAAGCGCUUCAGCUGGCGACUAUUGUCGCGGACGCGAAGUACAGGGUGUAUGAAGGGUUCUUGCCGCUUUCGGCCACCUCGCAAGGGGCGGGGGCGGGGGUGGGGAGGGAGAAGGUGCCGAGGCUGGAGGUGUACCUGGAUAAGAUGAGGGAGGUUGCUUUGGAGGCGUUGAAGUCGGGGAGUGGGAGUGCGUUCAGGGUGAAUACUCUGUAG